AUUUCAAUUUUGCAACUUUCACUAGUCAAUUUCCUCUAGAAAUUAGCAUUGUAUUGUUGAUCAGCAGCAAGGGAAGGCAGGGCAGGCCAUGGUUCCAUAUCCACAGGCAGAAUUACCUCUUAACGAGAAUGACUCACAAGAGAUGGUACUAUAUGAAGUUCUGACUGAAGCAAAUGCCAUUUCACCCUCAAAUUUCCCCUCUUCAAGAAACCAAGCUUCUGUGAAUAAGAUGCUUCAUCAGCCAUCUCAUGCCACAGGCAAGAAGCAUUACAGGGGUGUUAGGCGUCGGCCAUGGGGAAAAUACGCAGCAGAAAUUCGCGAUUCGACGAGAAAUGGUACUAGAGUUUGGCUUGGAACCUUUCAAACUGCAGAAGAAGCUGCUUUAGCUUAUGAUAGAGCUGCAUUCAGGAUGCGCGGUGCUAAAGCUCUGCUUAACUUUCCUUCGGAAAUAGUAACAGCAUCUGAAUCAUCGAUAUUGAGGCAAAGAGUUCAUCAUAAUCAUCAUGCAAAGCUGAACCUAGAUCGACAGGAAUCAAAUUCAAGUAGUAGCUCCACUGAAGUUUCGUCUGGGACGGGGCUGGGAUUGGCUUCAUUUGAAUCAGAGAAUGCAGCUGGGGAUUUGUCGAAUGCAGAGUCUGAAGAAUACACAGCAAAUUUCUCGGUGUUCCAAAAUGUUUAAAGACAGGAGAUUGAAUUUUAUUCCACUUCUUAGGAAACUAUGAUGUAUUAUAGCUGUGUUUUUUCAAUCUGCGUCAGAAUUCUCCAGCCAUUUUCUCUUCCUUAAAUUUUCUUGAGAUUUAAUCUCUAUCCUAGUAAAUACUUUGGUCCUGCAA